ACAUGUGAGCGGUGUGAGGACUUUAGUGAGAGACAACUUUUAUGUCUUAUAUGUUUUUUUGACCCCGUGCGUGCACACACCACCGUGUUGUGCUUAAAAGGAAUUACAUCUCAAAGGAACGUCACGGCUCUUUUGCAAUUCACGCUAUUUUUUUGGUUUUUGACUUUUUGUAUUGAUCAGGAUAAAUUCUGUUAUUUUAUUACUUUUUAUUUUAUUUUAUUCUUAUUAUUUCUCAGCGGUGCUAUGAAAGCAGGAGAAAAAAUAAAUGAUUUUCAACACCUUUCUUCAUAGCAGUGAAUCACAUUUAGGACACCUGCUCUGACAAAAAAAAAGCAUAUUGGUAAUUUCUUGUAGUUGGCUUCUGCUGCAUGGAAUAUUUAUAUAACCUUUCCUACAAAGAAAUAUACAUUGCAUUGUAGGUUAACUUUGUUCUUUAAAAAAAAAGGAGCUUUUUUUCCCAGUUGUAUUUUUGUCAAUUUUAUGAUUUUUUUUAAACUAUGAAGCAUUUGCAAUUCGUUCUCGUUCUGGCCAUCGCGGUCAACUUGUGGGAAUGUGGAGACGCAAAAUUCGGCGAGAGGGGAGAAAUUAGCCCCAGGAGGAGAAGAUGUUACGACGGAAGCAUGCCCAAGCGGCUGAAGAAGAGGGAGCGAAAAGUGUUGCUUGACGGCAGCAGCAGCGGAGAAGUUUGCCACAGGUUGUAUCCCCGCGUGUCCUGCUGUCCCACCAGGAGAGCCGCCUACCAGCUCCUGCACCGCAGGGAUGCCAGGAUUUUCUCCACCAACAACACAGAAUGUGGACGUCUCCUGGAGGAGAUCAAAUGUGCCCACUGCUCCCCCAAUGCCCAGGUGUUGUUCCACUCUUCGGACAUGGACAAGAUGCCACACAGAGAGCCAGACCUGCCACGGCUCUGCCAGGACUUCUGCCGCGAGUUCUACUACACCUGCAGGGGUCACAUACCAGAGCUGUUCCAAGCCGAUGUGGAUGAGUUCUGCCAGUACUAUGGGAGGAGAGAUGCCAGUCCAUGCUUUCCAGAUUUUCAACGAAAGCAACCACAAGGGCAAGAUUCCAACUACUUGGGAGAUGAAAAAAUAGAAGAUAUCAGCAGGAAACACAAACACAACUGCUACUGUGCUCAAGAGGUGUUGAGUGGUCUGAGGCAGCCGGUGGCCGUGGUGCACUGUGGGGACGGAUCCCAGCGGCUCUUUGUCCUGGAGAGGGAGGGAAUCGUCAGGAUUUUAAACCAUGACCUGGAGCUAAUCAAGGAGCCCUUCCUGGACAUCCACAAGCUGGUGCAGAGCGGCCUGAAGGGUGGAGAUGAAAGGGGCCUGCUAAGCCUGGCAUUCCACCCCAAUUACAAGAAGAAUGGCAAGCUCUACGUCUCCUACACCACCAACCAAGAGCGCUGGGCCAUUGGACCACACGACCACAUUCUCCGUGUGGUUGAAUACACCGUUUCGAGAAAAAACCCAAACCAGGUGGACACCCGGACUGUCCGGGUGCUGAUGGAAGUGGCGGAGCUGCACAGGAAGCACCUAGGCGGUCAGCUUCUGUUCAGCCCUGAUGGUCUGUUGCACAUCGUCCUGGGAGAUGGCAUGAUCACACUAGAUGAUAUGGAGGAGAUGGAUGGACUCAGUGAUUUCACAGGGUCCGUCUUGAGGGUUGAUGUGGACACAGACUCCUGCAUGUCACCUUAUUCCAUACCCCGGAACAAUCCGUACUUCAACAGCACCAACCAGCCACCUGAAAUCUUUGCCCAUGGAUUACAUGACCCAGGCAGGUGUGCAGUGGAUCGGCUGCAGACAGACAACGGAAGUCUGCUGAUCCUCUGCACAGACACUAGUGGCAAAAACACAUCAGCAGGAAGAAUACUGGAAAUAACUAAGGGAAAGGAUUAUGAAAAUGAGCCCUCUGUCUACGACCUGCAGUCCACUGGAGGAGCACCACCUGUGGGGGGCUUCAUCUACAGAGGCUGCCAGUCCAGAAGACUUUACGGCAGUUAUGUGUUUGGAGAUAAAAAUGGUAACCUGCGAAUCCUCCAGAAGUCUACGUUGUCAACAUCUGCAAGUGAGGAGCAGUGGCAGGAGAAAGCUCUGUGUCUGGGCUCAGCUGGCUCCUGUGGCUCCACGCUUGUGGGACACAUUUUGGGUUUUGGAGAAGAUGAACUAGGUGAAGUCUACAUUCUGGCAAGCAGUAAAAGCAUGGCGCAGUCACACUGUGGGAAACUCUACAAGCUGGUAGACCCUAAAAGGCCUCAUGACCCGAAAGAGUGCCAGCGUCAGGUGGAGCCUCCAGAGCUGCUGAUGACAGCUUGUUCCAGACACUGUAAGAACGGACACUGUACACCCACUGGCAAGUGCUGCUGCAGCCCCGGCUGGGAGGGACCCCUCUGCAGAGUUGCUAAAUGUGAACCAGUCUGCCGCAAUGGAGGAGUGUGUAUGGAGCCCAACAAGUGCCUGUGUAAGAGCGGCUACUCCGGGGCCCAGUGUGAGAAAAGUGAGCGGGGGAUGCCCAACGACCAGGAGAAAGACGGCAUAAUGGACCACAUCAUUGACAUGACCUCGUACCUCCUGGACCUUACCAGCUAUAUCGUAUAGGGGUGCGCAGAGGGGAGCUGUUCCCCACUGUCAUCCUCAAGUUGACACAAAUCUACCUACCUACCACCACCAGCAGACUCUAACGAGGUGUCCUUAAUAAGGCUUCUUAAUCUCCCUCAUACCCACAUAGGCAUACAAACACACACACACACACACACACACACACACACACGCACACGCACACGCACACGCACACACAGGAUCCAUGUCAGACUGCUUUACAUCCUCAUCACCAAACUCUUCCUCUUCUGCCUAUAAGCUAUUUGCUCCUGAGCACCAGGCCUGGCAUCCAAGCCGUGUUCACUUUUCAAAGAGACCCGCAGACACCAGGGACAUGAUUGACAAGCGUGGCCAAGUUAUGGAAGUUCAGUUCACUUCCUCUGUCGUUCACAAAAUGCUCACACACGGGCUCCUCCGCAGGAACAAGAACGUCACAAGAACAAGACCAUCUUAACACAAGGCUUUGGAUCUUUUCAGGGGCUGUCUGUUGCCUUACUUAAGACCCCUCUGACACCCUAGAAAAAUGGAGUUUGAGGCACUUCAACAGAGACAGUUGAUUGUUCAGGGGUUCAUCAAUAAUUCACAGUUUUAAGGAUUGGUUCGGCAGAAGGUCCAGUUUGUGCUUAUGGUCCCAGCAAAUCCCAGCAAAAUAAGAGUCUGCUUACAUAGGCUUUGAAUGAACACUGCAGCUCUACCUUGGUUUUUAAAAAACUGAGGAGUCAUUGAGUGUCGUGGAUCACACAGAAGUACUUUGUGCUGUACUAUUCUAAAGGCACUAAGGCAGGAGUGAUGAACAUGUUGUCUCACUUAUGAUGUUGUAUUUAGUUUGUGGGCACAUUGUCAUGAAAUACUACAACAGUAUACAGUCUGUAUACUCUGCUUUGCAACAGUCACUUGUUAUCAAUGUAUAGAAUGGAUAUACAACGAAGGACCAGUACCACACAGAAACAGGAAAGACUGAGUUGGUCAAAGCCAGUCUCAAUCUAACCAGAGUCAUUGACUCCCAUGCACUGUAUACAUGUUUUAUUUCAUUCAUUUAAGUAUUCAAAAUGGAUUUGUCAUUCAAAGGGCAAUGAGAGUAGUUUCACAUCCACACACAUGCACCAUCACUCUAUCACAGGUAUGGUUUUACAAACUCAUUCAUUGCGUCACACACUGAAACUGAACCUGAACUCAAAACUACAAAGGGAAGAGAUAGUGCGGUGAUGUAUAUUUCCAAUAGAGCUUAUCUAAGUACUACUUAGCAUUGCAAAAAAAAAAAAACUAUAGCAUUACUAUUGUUAUCAUAGAGGAGGGUUUAUUUUUUUAAGCGUAAUAAUAUAUGGGAGAGAAUGGUGUUUAUAGAAAGCAGUUUUACACUAAGCUUGUCAGUUCAUGUUUUCUUGUACUUAAACAUACGCAGAUUUUUCCUCCAUUGAGAAAGACACAAAGUGUGUAAAGUGAUGCAUGUCUGUGCCUGCAUUUAGUGAAUCUCAGCAGUCCGUCUUGAUCCUUUGCCUGACAUGUGGUUUCAUUACCACCGUCAGAAGUGUGUCUGUGUUAUGAGAUGAUCAAAGAUCCUGGCGCACCACCAAGUUGCUGUGGAAGCAGAAUACAGUCAAAGGAGGAUCUUAUCUACAAACAGGAGAUUAAAGAUUAACCUUCAGUUUAAUGGAAAUAUGUUCAGACAUUACACUCUAAUGAGCAUCUGACUCCUACACUGACAGAAAACAGUUUAAAAAAGACUGGGUACGUCUGGAGCUCAAAUCAUGUGUUGUGUCUUUUUCAGAUGCUAGACUGGAGUUCAUGCAGAUGCAGCUCACACAUAGAACAUUUGAUCUUAUGCCAUUUAAAUUCAAUAAAACAAGUAUUGAUAGAACCAUCAAACAUUGUGUUUAAAAGUCUUGGAGACAAACAUUCACAGUUCUGCUCUGUCCCCAACUUUUAUUUUGAAAAUCCAGUUUCCAAUACUCAUGGUUAAUUGAAGUUUAAUGUCAAUGAAGACGUACGUCUUCUUCCUCUGUAGCCUUGCUUGUGUUUGCUGAAAGAAAUCAACUCUACCUGGUCAAAAUGGAAUUCAUGCUGUAAAAUGGAAAAUUAUGAUUUUUUUUAGCACUUAAUGUGAAAGUUGCAUUGUAGCUGCUGAGACGGCGUGGUGUGAAUAGAAUAACCAUUUUCAUUAUUUAAGUAGUUACACAAAUAAAAUAAUUAUUUAAGUUC